AUGUGGCUCAACACCACUGCUUCCCCAUUCUUGCUUACUGGCUUCCCAGGCAUGGAGAAGGUACAUCAAUGGAUUUCCAUCCCAUUAUUGGUGGCCUACAUCUCCAUACUUUUUGGCAAUAGCACCCUUCUCUUUAUCAUCAGGGAUGAUCAUAACCUCCACGAGCCCAUGUACUAUUUCUUAGCUAUGUUGGCUGCCACAGACCUUGGAGUCACAUUAACCACAAUGCCCACAGUGCUGGGUGUUCUGUGGUUAAAUCACAGAGAGAUUAGCCAUGGGGCCUGCUUCUCUCAGGCCUACUUUAUUCAUACUCUAUCUGUCAUGGAGUCAGGCGUCUUGCUUGCUAUGGCCUAUGACCGUUUCAUUGCCAUCCACAAUCCCUUACGGUACACCUCCAUUCUUAAUGACACCUGGGUAAUCAAGAUCGGGGUGGCAGUAUUGACAAGGGCCGGCCUGUCAAUUAUGCCAGUCAUUAUUCGCCUGCACUGGUUUCCCUAUUGUCAAUCCCAUGUACUCUCCUAUGCUUUCUGUCUACACCAAGAUAUCAUCAAGCUAGCCUGUGCUGACAUCAGCUUCAAUCGUCUCUACCCAGUUGUGGUUGUAUUUGCAAUGGUCUUGUUGGACUUUCUCAUCAUCAUUUUCUCUUACAUUUUGAUACUCAAAACUGUAAUGGGCAUUGCUUCUGGAGAAGAAAGAGCCAAGGCCCUCAACACAU